UGGGUCAUUCUACAGAGACAGUAAAAUUUUGUUCGCGUAAAAUAUGUCCUAGCUCCUCAGGUUUUAUUUCUUUCCAAUAAUUAUUUUAUUAACUUUGUAUCAUUAUUUAACAGUUUACAUAGGAAUCCUAUUAUUUUUUUUAUUACAUUUUUAUUUUUUUGUGGUACAGUACGUGAUUCCUCACGUCCUGUCGAAUGUUCGUAACGCAGGUUACAGGAUUUAGGUGUCUCUAAAAAUUAUUUUUUAAUAUUCCAUGCACACAUCACAUGAACAAACAAGUAAAGCAUAUAAUAAAUAAGCAGUCACUUAAAUGUCAAUGAUUAUGAAACGAUAUUUUUAAUUUUAUUGAACAUUCUACAAUGUUCGUAAAAAAUAAUCACUCCUGUAGGAAUAAAUGGAAAAAAUGGUAAUUUUUUUAUUUAUUAAGUUGCAACAUUUUUUUCUAUCUCUGGCAACUCUUUAAAGUGUUCUGUCAGUGUCUGUGUCAGCCAUAUUUCGGACAGAGACUACGGUGCCGAGAAAAAUAAAGUUUAAACGGCGUUCUACAUAGUUGUCAAAGUUGAUACUUCACAACUGUACUCAACUAACCAACGCAAGUAUGGCGGGUAAAAAGAGGUCUGAGAGAGAGAAAAAAGAACGAUUAAAGGAGCAAAAGAGGACAUGGAUACGAAAGAAGAGAAAAAAUGACUGAGGCUGAACUAGAAGAAAGACGUCAAAAAGAUAGAGAGAGAUAUAAAAAAAAAAGAAGGAAGCUGGAAAAAUAAAAUCAAUAAAAGAUUAUACACCAAGAAUGCAAAAAACAAUCCGAAAAAGUUGGCGUGAGCGUGCAAAAACUCAUCGCAAUAAAUUGAAACUACUGAAAGCUACUGAGCAAAGACUUAUAAAUGAUGAGACUCCUCCCCAAGUCCGACUUCACAAAGUUCUACACCAUCUAGUAGGGCUUCCUUAGGCAGAAGACUUGCUGAAAGAAAUAGGCGAAGGCUUAAAAUAAAAAACAAGCAUCUAAGACAGCGAAUUUUGCAUUUAGAAAAUUUAUUGGCUAAUAAAAGAAUGCAAUUAUUACGUACAAGACAACCUCGUAAUAUAAUAAAUGAUGGACUACCAGAAACAAUUGUGAUGGGACGUAAACGAAAACAAAUAGAAAAUAAGGAAGCUGUUCGCAAGUUUUUGGAAAAAGAUGAAUGUAGUCGAAUCACGUCUGGAAAAAAGAGACUAUUACGAAAAAUAAACAAAAGAAGCAAAUUCGAUUUCUAAAUGAUACAAUGCUUAAUUUGUAUGAAAAGUUUAAGGAGGAAACUAAAAUUAAAAUGUCCUAUGCUCUUUUCUGCCGUUUUCGUCCAUUUUGGGUGUUGGUACCUAACGUUAAUAAAAGAAACACCUGUUUAUGUGUUACACAUACAAAUAUGGAAAUGAUGGUGACAGCAUUAAAAAAAGCAGCAAUUAUUAAAGAAAAUUCUGCAAUCGGUUUGGUGAAAAGCAUUUGCUGUGCAGGUAAUUUGAGGUGUGAUUGCUUAGCUAGACAAUGUAAUUUCUGUAAAAAUAAAUCUGUAAAUCUAAAUAAAUAUCCAAAUGACAUGAUGAUUACUUGUGAAAGGUGGAUUACAAAAAAAAUUACAACUACGAUAAAAGGACAAGUGAAGCUGUGCCAAAAAACUGUCAAAGAGUCUUUCUCAUCGAAGAGUGAAGUUUUUGUCAAGAUCUUUUUAGAAGAUAAGUUGCCGAAGUUUAUUAAGCACCUUUUAAAUAUUAUUUCUCAGCAUAGAGUUCUAACAAAGAUAAAAAAUGAGCUAGCUGAUGAUGAGGCCUUGCUUCAUAUGGACUUCUCAGAGAAUUAUAAUUGCAAAUACUCUGCUGAAGUACAAUCAACACAUUUUGGAGGUUCUAAGCCGCAAAUUUCAUUACACACUUCAGUUUUAUACUUGCGUGGCACUGACAAGAUUUCCAUCAACUCAUUCUGCACUCUGUCUAAAAAUUUGAGACACGAUCCCGUUUUAAUUUGCACACACCUCAAACCCAUCAUAGAUCAUAUUAAAUAUAAAGUACCAAAUUUAAGAACUAUGCAUUUUCAAAGUGAUGGGCCUUCAUCGCAGUAUAGAAAUAAGUCUAUGUUUUUUUUGAUCGCAAAAUAUUUAAGCAAAGAACUUGGUGUAGAUAAUAUCAUAUGGCACUUUAGUGAGACCGGACAUGGAAAAGGGGCUCCUGAUGGCAUUGGAGGAUGUGUGAAAAGGACAGCCGAUGCAUUUGUAGCGACCGGUGGAGACAUCCCAGAUUUUGAAGCAUUGGUGAGUUGUUUACAAGAAAAAUGUAAAGGCAUAAUUAUUUUGCCAAUCGACGAUACUUAUGUUGAUGACAUCUCUAACAUACUCAGCACUAGUACUACAAGACCAUUUACUGGUACUCUAUUAAUUCAUCAACUUACAUGGAAUAAGACCAAUCCUGAUGUCUUGCACGCCCGACGAUUAAGCUGCAGUAUUUGUGAAACAAAUCAGAUCUGCUCACAUCAUGAGAUAGGGCUUAUUUACCUAACCUACAAACAAACUGAUAAUAUACCAGUUUUGAGGACAUCAGCUGAUUCACCAUCGGAGUAUUCGGAGUCACCACAUUCAGAGUAUGACAUAUACAAGAACCCAAUAGCAACAACCUCACGUACAUCUAUCGAUUUUUAUCGAAAAUGCUAUGGAUCUGAUAGUUCAUCUGAUGAAGAGAUUUUUGAAAGCAGGAAGCAGACACCUCUUAGAGAAAACGUUAUUAACACUAAACGUUCAGAUGGUAAUCUACAAAGUCGGUCAAAUAAUACGUCAUCGGACGAAGAAAAUAUUUUCUAAUGUUCCUUUCAAUUAUUAUCUCUUAAUAUUCUACAGGAAUGACUGUAACGGUAAUGUCACUUCUGUAGAAUUUAAUUGUUUAUUUUGCAGAGUGUUUGUUUACUUAAGUUAAUCAACUUACACAUAC